CUACUGCAAAGGCACGCCUACGCUAAAUAAAACCACCGACUGUAAAUCCUUCGUUACUAGAAGCGAAUGCUGGUGUUAUUUUUCUAACUACCACUCACCGUUAGUAUUUGCCCUGUUUUAUAAUCAGAGAAUGGACAACUCUGGGAAAGAGAAGGAAGCGAUUCAGCUGAUGGCUGACGCCGACAAGAAAGUGAAAACGUCUGGCUCGUUCUUGGGAGGCAUGUUUGGCGGACCUCAUAAAGUUGAAGAGGCUUGUGAAAUGUACUGCAGAGCAGCCAACAUGUUCAAGAUGGCCAAGAACUGGAACGCUGCUGGUAAUGCCUUCUGCCAGGCGGCCCGGAUCCACAUGCAGCUCCAGAACAAACACGACUCGGCCACCAGCUUCAUCGAUGCAGGAAACGCUUUCAAAAAGGCAGACCCCAGUGAGGCUAUCAAGUGCUUAAACGCAGCUGUUGAUAUAUACACAGACAUGGGAAGGUUCACCAUCGCAGCCAAACACCACAUCACCAUCGCAGAGAUCUACGAGUCAGAACUGGUGGAUAUAGAGAAGGCCAUCGCCCACUAUGAGCAGGCAGCAGACUACUACAAAGGAGAGGAGUCCAACAGUUCUGCAAAUAAGUGUCUACUGAAGGUGGGGGCCUACGCCGCUCAGUUGGAACAGUACGCAAAGGCCAUCGAGAUCUACGAACAGGUUGGAUCCAGCACCAUGGAUAACCCCCUGCUGAAAUACAGCGCCAAAGAGUACUUCUUCAAAGCCUCUCUGUGUCACUUCAUCGUGGAUGAACUUAACGCCAAACUUGCUGUCGAGAAAUACGAAGAGAUGUUCCCAGCCUUCUCUGACUCAAGAGAGUGCAAGCUGUUGAAGAAACUCCUGGAUGCUCAUGAGGAACAGAACUGUGAAGCUUUCACAGAAGCAAUUAAAGAGUUUGACUCCAUCUCUCGUCUGGACCAAUGGCAGACCACCAUGCUGCUGCGCAUCAAGAAGACCAUCCAAGGGGACGAGGGAGACCUGAAGUGAGACCACGACAGGGGGAACAAACAUGGCAUGCCACCCCUCUCCACGACUUCACCCCUCAUCCCAUAUUGUUUUUGUGCAAUGACUCAGUCCAGGUUCUUACAGACAGAAUGUCCAGUUAGUUAAAUCCGCUGCAAUGUCUAGUCCAGGGGUCUGACUUUUGGGGAGGGAUGAGGUAUUGGUCAGCUAAAAAACAGUUUAAUUUAGCAAAUCUGUUCACAAGUAUUCCCACAAAUUAAAAAUGGGAUAUGCGAUCGUGUAUCAAUGUAAUAGUGUGAAAUUAUUAUUUUAUUUUCAAAUACAAUAUCUUUUUGGGCUUCGUUGUGGUAAAUUUGCAGUGUACAAAUGAUUAGAAUUAUGUUCUGGCCCCGAAACCAUCCGCUCCUACAAAAAUGAUCCUGCGUCUGAAUCUAGCUGCCUACCUCCGGUGUAGGUCUUUAUAAAGAUUUAUGUAUACUCUGUUGAAUUCUGUUAUCAGUGCUCUCGUAUUAUCACCAAACUCUAGUUAUGAUGUGGGUCCAGUCGCAACUCUUUCUGGAGGAUAGAUCCGAUACGUUUAGUGGUGAGUGAACUUCUGAGAAGGGCAGAGAGGCAUUCCAAGGCAUUGACCACUGAUGUUAGUAUUGAGCGCACAAACACUGCAUGAUUUGUACAGUUAUAAUUUAUGAUUCUAUUAGGUUCAACAGGUUGCUUGGCUUCCAUCUGAAAAGUCUUACAAGGGAAAUGUCCAUUACUUAUAUAUCAUAAAUGGUUAUUGGUAAGGUAAGAGAUGACACAAUGAAUUGUUUCGUAUUUUAAAAAAUCUUAUUCUUGAAAUGGGACAAUUGAUACAAAUACAAUCAAGACAUGGCCAGAAAGUACAUUUUGCUUAGUUAGUAUUUUUUUUCUCCAUAUUUCUUAUUCUCUUAUGAGGUUAUCUGCCUAUGUGAGGCGACUUCCUAAUUCUGCUUGUAAAUUAUUUUUUUAAACGCAGAUCUAAGAAAAUCCCUUGCCCUCUUCUAAGAGCAGUUUCACUUCUAAACUCCAGCUUUGUUCUUUCAUUGUCACUCAUGUUGAUGUACUAUGUGUCGUGAAGUUGUAACCAUGUUGGUAUUUGCUAGUGCAUCCUCUAGCUGGCAACUAGCAGAGCUGCAGUUAUUUGUGUGUAUAGGUAAUAGUGUUGCGCAAAAUUUCCUAGUAGUGAUGAACUGCGGCAAGGUUGUUACUGAGUGCCCCACAACGUAGCUGCGUAUCAAGCUUCUUACAGUGGAAUGGUGCUCCAUUUUAUUUGGUCUGUGUCUGAAAAUUAACUAAAUAAAAUCAUUCAUUCUGUGGGUCUCUACUGA